GGAGAUUGUGCCAAACAUUUUAUUGCUCCCAUUUCUGCAAGAUCGAAAACUGUGACUCCAUGAUUCUGUCCUCGUCUCCCGAACUGUUGGAAAUGAUCAGCUGAUUCUGUUCUUGCUAGUAGCGUUCUUAAAUCUACUGAGGUUCGACUUCAAGGAUUUCGCUGUUGAUUGACCAUAUAUAUAACCAGAGGGGAUUAGAUUGUUGGAGGUUAAAGAAUGUAUAUGGUAGAGAGUAAAGAAGGUGCCAUAGCAUGUAUGGUAUUGUCGCUCUGCUUCUUGGGGACCUUCCCUGCACUUUUGACUCUCCUCGAACGACGGGGGCGACUUCCUCAACAUACUUACCUUGAUUACUCCAUAACUAACUUUUUAGCUGCUGUAAUCAUUGCUUUCACACUUGGUGAGGUUGGAAAGAGCUCAGAUGCUUCUCCAAAUUUUAUCCAGCAGCUUUCUCAGGAUAAUUGGCCUUCUGUCAUGUUUGCGAUGGCGGGCGGUGUAGCAUUAAGUCUCGGAAAUCUUUCAUCUCAAUAUGCUUGGGCAUUUGUUGGUUUAUCUGUUACAGAAGUGCUCAUUUGUAGCAUAAUAGUAGUUAUAGGCUCAACAUUGAACUACUUUCUUGAUGACAAGAUUAACAAAGCUGAGAUCCUUUUCCCUGGCGUUGCUUGCUUUGUGAUUGCGGUAUGUCUUGGUUCUGCUGUUCACUCGUCCAACACGGCUGAUAACAAAGCAAAGCUGAACAGUUUGUCGGCCAAUUCCGAUAAAGAGUUGAAGCCAAUAGAUGUCGCUGGAUUUCCUAGUAGGGUUGAAUCAACGGACCCGGAGAAUGCUGAUGGUUCGUCGCGAAAGGCCGAGGCUGGGACUGCAGAUUUUCUUGUUCAGCUUGAAAACAGACGAUCCAUCAAGGUGUUCGGUAAGGGCACAGUAAUUGGAUUGUGCUUAACUUUCUUUGCUGGUGUUUCCCUUUCUCUGUUCUCACCUGCAUUCAAUUUGGCCACAAACGAUCAAUGGCACACUCUAAAGAAAGGUGUGCCACACUUGGCUGUCUAUACCGCAUUUUUCUACUUCUCCGCCUCUUGUUUUGUCAUAGCCAUCGUUCUCAACAUCAUCUUCCUUUACCGCCCUCUACUUAACUUACCCAAAACAACGUUCAAAGCAUAUCUGAAUGACUGGAAUGGUAGAGGAUGGGCCUUCUUGGCUGGAUUUCUGUGUGGGUUUGGCAAUGGUCUGGAGUUCAUGGGCGGCCAAGCUGCUGGAUAUGCAGCAGCUGAUUCUGUGCAGGCAUUUCCACUCGUGAGCACGUUCUGGGGAGUUGUUCUAUUUGGAGAAUACCGUCGAUCAUCGAGGAGAACAUACGUGUUGCUUGUCAGCAUGUUGUUUAUGUUUACUGCAGCUGUUGGGAUCCUAAUGGCUUCAUCAGGACAUCGAAAACCUUAGAAGAACCAGUCAUAAGCGCAUCGCAGCAGCAGCCAAGAUUGUAUAAAUUGUUCCUUCUAAUGUACUGAAAACUUUAUGUGUGCAGUUUCUGUACAAUAGUAUGACGAACAAGAAAUAUUGUUCCUAGUUAUCUCGUUGUGAAAUAUUGUUAGUGGAAGAAUGAGUGAUUGAAUGGUUGAUAGAAA